GAAGGAGGAGCCUUGGAAGUAACUUUGGGCUCCCCAAUCUACCUUUUGUGGUCAGCUGGGCGUGACGUCAGGGGCCGCCGCCGCGCGCUGCAAGGUUGUGUCCACAUGUGACCAGCUUAAACUAGUUCUGAAGACACAAAGGGAAAGGAAAGAGAGAUAAGGAGCCAGAUAGCAGGGCAGGCGGUGGAGCAGUGCCAGCCGAACGGCAGGAGAAGCGGGAGGAACAGCCUUCGCCAGGACACUGACCGAGGCGCCGGCAAUUAAGCCCGCAGCAUCUAGCCAGAAUGCAGGUCCGUGGACUCUUUCUCCUCUUCGUUCUGAUUCUUCUGGCAGCAUCCUCUGAGGCUGGCAAGAAUAAGAAAGAUAAGGUGAAGAAAAAUGGCUCUGAUUGUGAGGAAUGGCGCUGGGGUCCCUGCGUCCCCAACAGCAAAGAUUGUGGCGUUGGCUUCCGGGAGGGUACUUGUAAUGAGGAAACUAAGAAGCUCAAGUGCAAGAUCCCCUGCAACUGGAAGAAGGAAUUUGGAGCUGAUUGCAAGUACAAGUUUGAGAGCUGGGGUGGUUGUGACUCUGCAACAGGUCUGAAGUCUCGUUCGGGCACUCUGAAGAAAGCGCUGUAUAAUGCUGAGUGCCAGGAAACUAUACAAGUGACUAAGCCCUGCUCUCCUAAGGCCAAGUCAAAAUCCAAAGCAGCCAGAAAAGGAAAGGGGAAGGACUAGAAGGAUGGAUACAGCCCCACUGUCUUCAGGACAUGAUGCCUGAACCCUGUUGGACACACACCACUUGGAGCUGCAGCGUGGUCCUUCCCAACUUGGCAGCGCUUUUGCCAAAUCCCACUACUCUUCUGCCUCCACAACUUUGCCCUUAACUGAGAUACCAUUUCUAAUCACAAGUUUUCUAGCGAGCAAGCCCGCCCUGUCUUGGAGAAGGUGCCAUUUGCCUUCCCCUUCACGUCUCUCUUCUAUCAUGCUCUCUUCUCCUCCCCCCCCGGUAUAUGUGCCCCAGUACUCUUGCUCUGGUUUGUUUCACAGAAUCCAGUAUGAUGUGUUUUGAGAUGGGGCAGGGCUCUGCUAAGUUGUGGCUAGAGUUCUUCACCUUUGGGAUCCUCUGUGAAAGCCAAAUGGCUCUUUAACACAGCUCGUUCAAGCUUAGUGAUGUCAGUGAUUUCCCCAUGCAACUUUGUCCUUCCAUAGGCAAAGCUCUAAGUUAAGCUAGCCAAGGAAACUGUUUGGGGGAAUGUAAUGGGAGGGUUAACGCUGAGAAGUGGGGCAUGUGUGUCGGUCUUACAUUCCUAAUAAGGUGACUGUGGGCAGUAGGAAGAUUUUGCCCUUUUGACUCUCCUCAGCUGUAUAAGGGGCUAAAUCUGUGUCUACUGCCCAUGGCACUUUGUGUCUGCUUUGCCCUUCCCCCUCCCCAUCUCUCUCCAGUACAGGCUUCUUCGUAAGCCGAUUCUCCAUCUGGAAAGAGGUGUCUCUCUGUUUGUGUGUCUGUGUGUUUCUCUCCAUGAACUGUGUUUAAUCUUUCCUUCACCAUCCAAGAAAGAGUCCUCAUUCCUCCUGUCCCUUCUUCUCUGUAUUUUUGCUGGGACGCUGCAGCCUUGUCCUCCUUUUACUGGAGCUGGGUAAGCCCUCUUUGCUUUUUACAGUUACCCCUCCUUUUCCAAUAAAAGUCUUUUUAUGAAAAAAAA